CUGUGCGGACCACGGCGGCGGGCAUUACAGGAAAUGUGCAGUCCUAGUAAUAGUAAAAGGAGGGGGAAGAGGUUAGAGUGAGCGGUAAAGGGCGGAGUCGCGCAGGCGCGUUGGUCCUUGUUUUUGGCGGGGUUUAGUGUGCGCGCACCGUGCUCCCCGGUAGUGGUGCUCAGCUGUGUCUAGCCGGCGUUGUCGCCUGUCUCCGCACGAGAAGCUCCACCUAAAUCAGACGUAGAUCAUGGACAGCACUGAGGCACCUACAGCGGUGAGGCCGAAUAGGGGUACUGCGAUGGCCAAAAAGUCCAAGAAGGCAUCUGAUGAAUCCUCUUCCUCAGAGGAAGAAGAAUACACGGUAGAGAAAGUUCUUGAUCGCAGAAUGAUGAAAGGGCAAGUGGAAUUCCUACUUAAAUGGAAGGGCUUUUCUGAAGAACACAAUACGUGGGAGCCAGAGGGUAAUUUGGAUUGUCCUGAGUUGAUUUCUGAAUUCUUAAAAAAAUACAAGAAACCCAAAGAGGGAGAGCCAAAACCUAAGGCAGAAGCAACUAAAAGAAAAGCUGGGAAUGAGGACAUUAAGGCCAAAAAGAGGAGAGAGAGCAAUGAUAUUGCCCGGGGUUUUGAAAGGGGUCUUGAACCUGAGAAGAUUAUUGGUGCUACAGAUUCUUGUGGAGAGCUUAUGUUUCUCAUGAAAUGGAAAGAUUCUGAUGAAGCCGAUCUGGUACUAGCAAAAGAAGCCAAUGUGAAAUGUCCACAAAUAGUUAUUGCAUUCUAUGAGGAGAGAUUGACGUGGCAUGCCUAUCCAGAGGAUACAGAAAGCAAAGAAAAGGAGGCUGUGAAAAGCUAAAAUCUUUUUAUAUCUGUAUAUAAUAUACCUCCCCUCAUUAACACACACAUACCAUCACCCCACACGUCUUCUCUGUUUUGAUCCAACCAUUUUCAAGAUGGGGAGGUUUUUUUUUUAUUUUUUCCUUUCCCAUAUAACUCUCUUGCCCUAAAUCACUCCAGUGGUGGCAUUUGCACAAAAUCUGAUUGCCAUGAAUACCAAGAGCCAUGGCAUGUUCACCACUCUGUGAAGGAUGCAUUGUAGACAUUGUGUGCUGCUACACUUUCUCCAGUUUUUAAAUGAACAUGAGAAAUAUCUACAAGGGUGGGUUAAGAGAUAAUAGUGAAUGGUUACAUGCGUUCAGUGUCUGGUCAGUUCCUUCAGGAUCAGAUGUGAAAACCUCCCUCUGUUACCACUGAUCAGUCGUGUACUGUGACGGGAACCUUGCUGCUUGCUUGCAUUCUCGGAUGCUUGCUUUCUGAGGGAGAAGACUGUUUUUAUUGUUUGAAUUAUUUUUAAAUAUCUCUGUACUAUCAUGUAGGGUCCCUGCAUACUCGUAUUUUAUAACCGAAGAUAUUGCUUAAUACAGUUGCAAAUAACUCUGCCCCUCAGAGGGAAACUUUUGUAUAUACAUAUCCAUAGUGUCAGCGACAAGCACUUUGAGAAAAAUGCAGCGUGUUUGCAGGUCCCACCUCCUGCACCACGAAGAAGACCUCAAAUGUGGAGUGACUUUGUGGCUUUUGUAUGUGUGCUUCAUUCAAUGUGCCAUAUAUUGUGACUGGAUAUCAUGCCUUUAACAGUCUUGUGUUUGGGAGAAUACAAUGCCACAGAGUAUUGACUUCCAUGUAGAUGUAAUGAUAUUUAUUAGGCUUUUUAUGGGUAUAAUUCCAUCUAUCAUAACCUGCAACACUUUUUUUUCUUAAAUGCAGUUUUAAAGUAUUCAUGGAAAUAUAAA